AUGGUGAGAGGGAAGACAGAAAUGAAGCGUAUAGAGAACGCAACAAGUAGACAAGUAAGAUUUUCAAAGAGAAGAAAUGGUUUGAUGAAGAAAGCUUUUGAGUUAUCAAUUUUGUGUGAUGUUGAAGUUGCUCUUAUUGUUUUCUCACCAAGAGGGAGAAUAUAUGAAUUUGCAAGUUCAAGCAUUUUAGAAACAAUUGAACGAUACCGCAGUCAUACAAGGAUUAACAAUGCUCUAACAACAAUUGAAUCACUUGAAAAUACUCAGCGUUUGAAGGAAGAAGCAGAAAACAUGACGAAAAAGAUUGAUCUUCUCGAGACUUCAAAACGGAAAUUCUUCGGAGAUGGUUUAGGGAGUUGUUCAAUUGAUGAACUACAAAGAAUAGAGCAGCAGUUGGAGAGGAGUAUAACCAAUAUUCGAGUUAAAAAGACUGAGGUUUUCGGAGAACAAAUUGAACUGCUAAAAGAAAAGGAAAAAACCCUAGUUGAUGAAAAUACUAGGCUCUCUGAGAAGUAUGAUAGUUAUUCAUCACAGCAAGCAAAAAUGGAUGAGAGUGAAAAUGUAGUUGAAGUUGAAGCUUAUGCAGAUCAAAGUAGUCCAAUUUCAUAUGUGGAGACUGAGUUGUUCAUUGGUCUUCCAGAAACAAGAACAAGGCGAAACUCUCCAAAGUUGAGGACUAAUUAA